AGCGCGGCGGCUCCCAUUGGCUGCUGCAACACCGGCCCGGGACUUUUAAACGAGCCCGGAGCCGGUGUUAAACUGUAGUUAGGGAGAGGUUGGGCUGUGUUAACGGCGAGUUCUCCUGGUAAUCCCUGAGACAGGCUGCACUGGGUCUCAGGCGACCUGUCCACCCAGCAGAGAGCUUGUUCUGUGUUCUGGGUCACACCUAUAUUGAAGGAAGGGCACUGUCCUUUGAGGGAUAUCGUCUAAUUUUCCAACCAAGUGCUGGGACCAAAUUUAUCCCAGGGUCAUGAAUUCUCCUCAGCAGAGAGUGUUACAGAUGAUAAGGAGACUUCGGAGAGAAUGGUGCCAGGUACCAGAGCGGGAGAGGAUGACAGUCUGCAGUGCAGACAACAUGGUCUUGGUUCUGCAGCUUGCCAUGGCUGAGAUAAACAAAGAGUCUUGUGGAGAAUUUACCAUCGUCUUGAGUGAACUGUUCCUGAUGUGGAAGUAUUUACUUCAGGAGAAACUGGAGUUGCUGAGUAAACAUGAAAAAGUGCCUGAAGGAUAUAACAGAGUACAAGAAAGGUAUCAUUCCUUCCUGAGCAGGAGUAAUUCGAUGGAUCUGAUUGAUGUGUACAAGAUCUGUGCUGAUCUGAACACUGAAGAUGCUGGGGAGACAUUGUCUAAGGUCGAAUUACUGGACUUCUUGCUGGGUUCUUCAUUGGAAAACACCACUCCCCCAGUGCCCACUUCUCCAUCCAAUGAACAAAGUCAAUCCAUUUCUAAGCUGGUACCACUUUGGAGGAAGCUUCUUUGUGAUUAUUUGCAUUUGCUAGUGAACUCUAGGAGUGACCUGGCACUGGCAUGUGUCUUCAACAUCCCUGAGCGGGGACUUGGUCGUGACGCUUUCACCCACCUCAGGCACAUGGCAUGCAACAAGCAGACAUCAUUAUACCUGGCUGCAACGUCUUUCAUUAGGUGCUUGGAGCUCGGAGGUAAGAGCUACGCCCCUUCAGCAGACGAUCCGUUGAUGCAGUAUGUCAAAGGUCUAAUGGAUCUGGUGCAUUUUGUGGACAAGUUGCAAGAAAUAUUGGGAGAGACUUCUGACUCCAGUGUUGCAGGGGGUCGGAUACUGUCCACCAUCAUGAGGCGGCUGUUGAAGGGGCAAAGCAGUGAGAGUUCAAUCUAUCUCGCCAGUGAGGAGAUUCGACAGGAACUAACGAUGAGGAUUACCAAUGCCGUCAACAGCCUGGACAGUCCUGCAGGGCAGAGAGCGACAAACAUCAGCCCUGCUCAACCCAAAGUUUACGCCAUCAACCAUGCCACGGCGUAUGGUGGGAGAAGGACUGUCAAGGCUUUCCUUGCUGUGCUUGAUGAAGAAGCUGCCAGUCCUCCGAGCAGAGGCAAGGCAGAGCUGCUGUAUGGAUCCGAGGAACACAUCAACCCUCUUGGAAUACCAUGUAUGCUGACAUUGUUCAGAUCCCCAAAGCAAUCAAGUGGCUUAUCUCCAAAGGCUUUGCGUCAUCGCAUUCAGAGACGGGACCAGGAAAGAAAUCCCACUAAGGUGAAGCCCACUGUGAUCAAGUCACAGUUUUCUUGCACCUACAAGGAAGAGGUUGCAGCAAAAUGCCAGCCCAGUCUCAGCGAGGCUCCAGCCUGUGUACAUCCCACACCAAAACUCCUCCCAAACAUUGCGGGUGGCAGUGAAGUCAAAGGGAAACCAGAGUCCACAACAAGUAAGCAGGCACACGGAAUGAAUCUUGGGAAAGCUGGGAAUGGGAAAAGCAGUGGGAAGGAGAUGAAGCGGAAAUGGCUGGAGCUGGACUGUGAUGGUGAGAAUGAGCCACCUGGUUGUGCUGAUGUGAGAUCAGUCACCCUGGAGGGGCGACUGUGGAAGAAGCAGCCCAGAGCUUCAAAGGAGAACAAAACUAAGAAUAAGUUAAUCCCUGGACAAUUGAAGCUCACGAGUUUCUUCAGAGUUUAAAAUAUUUUUCUUGUUCUAGUAGAUUUGAAAUGUUAAAAUCAUUAACACUACACAAUCAGUUUGUUUGAAUUUAUUUUCAGAGUGCUCUAUCAAUGUAAUAUUCUUACAAUUAUGGGUGCACAAUUUAAUUACUAAGUACAGUGGCUGUCACAAGUUCAAUAACACAAUAUCACAUUAAAUCCUUCACCAUUUAAACCAUGGCACACAGACCAAUGCCUGUGGGCACCCAAAAUGCAGGAAGAAUGUAGUUAUACUGAGCUUCCCUGAGUGCCUGUGAAUUGGUGGUCAGUUUUGCCAGCAAGGUCGAUACACACGUCCCAGCAUACAGC